AAUAAUUUUAUUAAAAUUCUUGCAAGCUUCAAAUCCAAUUUCAAUUCAAUAUAAUUUGUUAUGUAUUUAAAUUAACAUCUAUACCACAACAUAAAAAACGGAUAUCAAAGCUAACCAGAUCAAAUGGAGAGAACAUAUGUACAUCUAUGAAUAUAUGCAGUGAUCGCGGAUGUGCAAUGGCGAGUGCCGACUACUGAGCGAGUAGCCAUAAGCGCAGCACCAGCUACACCAACUGCAGGGAAAUAAUCAUGCAGUAGCCGCUGCAUAGGCAGAGGUUGACGAUGAUGAUUGAGCUCAGGCAACAGGAAUUGGCUGUAAGGGAGUCAGCGGCAGGUGCAGUGAGGGACGUCAAAUGUAUCUACAAUUGCUCCUGCUUCUGCUGUCGCCAGGGAUGUUGCAUUGUUGUGUGCUCCUGUUGCAGCUGCAACACCUUCAGCUGCACAAGCUACAACAACAGCAACAGCGCCAGCAAUGGCACCAACGGCAACAGCAACAGCAGCAGCAACAUCAGAAUCGACCGUAGAGGCAUCAGUCGUCAUCCGAUAGUUGUUGUCCACACCGCCUUCCAAUCGAUAGUGGCUGCUCUAACGCUGAUAAUCGGCUACUUAACAUUGUUCAAAUUGAGCUAUCGUGCCUUAAGGUCCAAAGCAUCCACAGGCCUGGCUGCUGGCAGCGCAACAGACAGCAACUGCACCAGCACUGGCAGCAACAGCAACAGCAACAGCAACAGCAACAAUGCUGACAGCAAACUGAAAGAGCAAUAUGGGCACGGUCACGCUUCCUAUGAUAUUACCAAUGAUCAGCAGUUGAAGACGAAUAACUUGUGCAAAAUGUUUUUCAAUAACCGGAAGAGGCAAAGGAGACGACGAAGGCGGCGACGACGUCGCCGGCGCCGCUACAACAACAACAAUGGCAGCAGACAGGCCGGGAGCUGCAAGCAGCAGCAAUACCACGAUAGCAGCAGUGAUGCCACGUGCCUUUCCAUCGCGGUGUGGACAACAGUCGGGCAGGACGACGAGGACAGGAGCAGCAGCAGUAGCAGCAGGAGCAAACCAUAUAGAGCACACGCUGUGGGCACUGCGUAUGCGCCAACGACGACCUUUGUUUCGAGGUGGCCCUCGAUUAACUGCAGCAAUAGCAUCAGCAAGGCGAAGCGCAAUCGGGCCAACCUGCUUUGGCUGCUAAUCGGCAUCUUUUGGCUAGAGGUCAAGCUCAUCAACUGCAACGCUAUCGCCAGCAGCAACGGUUACGUCUCCUCCCUAGUCGCUCAGAAGGGCUGCACUCUGUGCCAACUCGAGGAGGGGAUCUUCUACAGCGAAAAGCAUAACCCACACACAGAAUACAACAACAACAACCAUAAUAACAACAACAAUAAUAAUUUUGCCUAUAAGAAAAGUAUUCAGAGAACAAACAAUAAUAUUAUGGUCAGUGAUCGUGUUCGCUUAGAGUCGAUUAAACGGCAAAUCCUGACAAAACUCGGACUCACUCAUAAACCAAAUGUAUCCCAUCCGCUACCCAAACAGUUUAUCUGGGAGACAAUCUAUCGAGCAGACGGCGGGCAAAUGGUAACGAACGAUGUAUUCGAAACAAACGCCAUCUUGGCAAAUCAUAUUCAUGAUCGUAGUCAGCGGAAGAGAAUGCGAACCGUCAUUAAUGAGCUCAACGAGAAUCGUUUCGACAGCCCAAGUAUGGCAUAUAUAAUUGGUACUACAAACCGGAGCAGCAGUAAAAGUAAAAACAAAACGAAAUACCAUCACUUAAGAUCCGUCUCUUCAGGAACAGAAGGAGAAAGGGAUAAGACAAUCCAUGGAUCGGAUACGCGAACAAGGAUAGGGAACCGCAACUCUCUCGACUGGAAUAAGAACACGAAGUCAAAAGCUUAUAGUGAAUCAACAUAUCUUAUAGAUAUAAAUCGGAGUAGAGAUAGUGAUAGCACCAAAAACGACGUAAGCGGCGGUGCUGCCGCCGACUUCGGUCACGACGAUCAUAUAUAUUUUAACGAUUACAGAGUUCAAAUCCAAAACAAAGACCAUAAGCAGAAGCAGAAGCCAUCAGGCAGUAAUAACGCGCGAGUCAAAAAGAAGCAGAGCCGAGGAGGCCACGAUGUCAUCACUAUGCACGAUCAAGACAAUGUCAAUGGAUUUGAGCGCGAAGACUACUUUGGCAGCACACAAGAGAUAAUUACGUUUGCUGAGGAGGGUGCACAAUUUCAGCAAUAUCGCAUAGUGGAGUUCGCCGCGCAAAAAGCAGGUAUACCAAAUCAAAAGAUAUACAUUAGGAGUGCGCAAAUGCAUGUUCGCAUCGAGAGACAGGAUGUGAAAAGCGAAGCUGUGAACCGCGAUGCGCAACCGACGAUGCACACUACGCGGAAAAGUCACGCCAACGGGCCUAGGCAGAGGAUAAAGAUUUGGGUAUUUCGAAUGAGCGACGGCAUCAAUAUGACUGAGAAGGCAAUGGAUCAGGCGUUUCUGUUUCGAGCCCUGUUCGAAGUGGACACGGAGCGCUUGGGUUGGCAGAAGUUCGAUCUUACUGAGACGAUUCGGGAAUGGUACAGCGAUACGAGCGGAGAGAAUCUACGUCUCUUGAUUGACUGCACUGGCUGCGGCAGUAAAUAUUCACUGCAACUGUUUCAGCUGUCCGGGCCAGUGAAAUCGGCAUCGGAUCGCUACUUGAAUCCGAACCGUCCAUUUCUCGUCCUACACACGGAAUCGCCAAGACCCCGCCGCGUCCGGCGACGUGCAAUCGAUUGCGGUGGCGCAUUAAGCGGCCAAUGCUGCAAGGAAUCCUUUUACGUAUCCUUCAAAGCGCUUGGCUGGGAUGACUGGAUUAUAGCGCCUCGUGGAUACUUUGCCAACUAUUGUCGGGGCGAAUGUACUGGAUCAUUCCGCACCCCAGACACGUUUCAAACAUUUCACGCACAUUUCAUCGAAGAAUAUCGCAAAAUGGGCUUAUUGAAUGGAAUGCGCCCCUGCUGUGCUCCGAUCAAGUUCUCAAGCAUGUCCUUAAUCUACUAUGGCGACGAUGGUAUUAUCAAACGUGAUUUACCGAAGAUGGUUGUCGACGAAUGUGGAUGUCCUUAAUUGUAAAUCAUCAAAUAAAACGCCUACUUACGACAAGUUCUUGGAGAACGCCUCGACCAGAGCAAAUGUUAAACAAAGAAUGAGUUUGUAUAUCUAAUACGUUUGUGGCAUCGAAACUGCCUAUUGAUGAGCACUUUCGCUAAAGGACUAUAUCGCUAGGAUGUUGACAGUCGAUUCCUGGUUCGAUGUUGCACUUGGACUCAAAUGCCAAUCAUGAAAGGUGACAAGGAAGCUGCAGAAUCUCCACUAUUUCAAUUUUAACGCAUUGAUAGCCGACGUACGUGCACAUAUACCCGCAUGAAAUUCAGUUCUCUAAAGUCUCUCUUGGCAGAGAGUCACGAAAACAAGACUAGAUUGAGUAAGAUCGUCGUGCCACGCUUCCUACCUGGAUGCUCUUGCCCGUAUACAUUUGCACAAGCCCAUUUUACUCUGAACUCCCAUUUUAGGGCAACGGGUUUUGGGAACUAAAGCGUAAUUAAAAUGCAAACAUUCUAUUUGACACCUUAUUUCAUUUUGAUUUUCAGUUGAAACGAAAUAAAGAGAAGAAGUAAAAUAAAAUUGAAGUGGACUGGAACUACUAAGCCAAACUAUUUAUUUCCGUCCUUUGACAUACCUUAAUACAUUCCAAAAAUGGAGCUACAAAUAGGCUACCAAGUAAUUCUGUUGUGCCAUGGGACUGAGGCAUGAGAUUAAGAUUGAGAAUGAAUUUAUGUAGUCAAAAAUAAAAAUUAAAAACGAACUAAAAUAAAGUUUACAAAAAGUGCCUAAAAUA